GUAGAAAGCUCGUCGGACACGGCGAUACACACACACACACCAGCCAGGAGUAGACGAUUGUUUUUCCAGCCACGAUUGUAAUGGAUGAGCACGGGCGGAAAACUGGCUUGGUAGUCGAGCACCUUCAAAGCGAGCGUCGGUGGGUGACAAGCGUUAGUCGACGUCGGUACGUCGUUUUUGCGUGUAGGACAGGUGGACUUUUCCGCACAUGAAUAUUGUAUGUCUGACACUUUUCGAAACCGUGUUUCGGGUUUUGCGUGACGCUUUGGGAAGUAGCUGAACGGUGCACUUUGUUUGGGAGAUUCGUAAUCUGUGUAUAGUUAUAGGAAAAUGUGCGAAACAGUGUAGGGAAGUCUGGCAAGUGAAGUCGAUGGAGGCGCCUGGUGCUUGAUGAGCGAUUUGAAGAGAUACAGUGGUUCGUACGCGCGUAAACGAAUCUUGGUCUUGGUGCUUUUAAUUGUAACAGUGAAUGCAGUGUGAUUCUUCGAACUUUCCACUCGAAUGUCUGAGAAACUCCGCACGAGGGAAGUAAAAGCUAAUCGCCUGUCGAUUGCGCCACCUUCAUCACAAUCCUACACAUAAGUGUGUGGAUACUCGUGUGUGUGCGUGUUUAUCAGUUUCCAGCUCAUUAGUUUCGUGGAAAAACGGGAGAAAUGUCACGGAACUAGUGGAACCAACCAUCCCGUUUCGGUGAUUAUCUGGCAGCGUGAGAUAGUGGAGUCGAGUGUUAAGGUGUAAUUUGUCACAUGGGAGUUUCGCCCUUCGCCCUGCACGGCACGGCAACCAUAAUUCGGAGUAGCGUUGACAGUUUUGCGGUUGCUCUGUGAGGUGUGAAUACAGUACACGGGGCGUUCCGUGGUUGUUUAACCUCACGCACAUCGUUACUUUCGUCGGUGCAGCAGAGAUUCUGGUGCGACCUGGUGUGUGACCGAUCUGACUUGCUGUGGUUAGUGGUGCAUGCUGGUUCGGACCGCGUGCAAAAGGCGACCUACUGAAUGGCACCGACUAUUAAUCCAGCGGCGCAUCCCAUCAAAAUGUUGCACUUUGGCAAUAACAACAAUUCCCGAGCUAGCUCGAUGCGGCGUCCGGAUACUACCGCGUCAGGGUCGUCCAUGUACUCGGCAGCCGAGGAUGACACGAACGGCGAAGCAUCGACCUGUGGCCGUAUCCUGAUAUUUCUAUCCUGGGUGCUCGUCGUCCUGACAAUGCCGUUCAGCCUGCUCGUCUGCUUCAAGGUGGUGCAGGAAUACGAACGAGCCGUAAUAUUCCGAUUAGGUCGGCUGAUGCAAGGAGGCGCCAAAGGACCAGGUAUCUUCUUCAUACUGCCAUGCAUCGAUGCAUACGCGCGUGUUGAUCUGCGAACGCGAACGUACGAUGUACCACCGCAAGAGGUUUUGACGAAGGACAGCGUCACCGUGUCGGUAGAUGCCGUGGUGUACUAUCGUGUGUCGAACGCCACCGUUUCGAUUGCGAAUGUCGAGAACGCGCAUCACUCGACCCGCCUGCUGGCCCAGACCACGCUUCGCAACACGAUGGGUACCCGGCAUCUGCACGAAAUUCUCAGCGAGCGAAUGACAAUCUCGGGCAGCAUGCAGCUUUCGCUGGACGAAGCGACCGAAGCCUGGGGCAUCAAGGUGGAGCGCGUCGAGAUCAAGGACGUGCGUCUUCCGGUACAGCUGCAGCGUGCGAUGGCGGCUGAAGCUGAGGCCGCCCGAGAGGCUCGUGCCAAGGUGAUUGCGGCCGAGGGUGAGCAGAAGGCUUCGCGGGCACUGCGGGAAGCGUCGGAGGUGAUCGGUGACUCACCAGCCGCUCUGCAGCUACGCUACCUCCAAACGCUGAACACCAUCUCGGCGGAGAAGAACUCGACCAUCGUAUUUCCGCUGCCGAUCGAUAUACUGACGUACUUCAUGAAGUCGAAGGAGGCGUUCGUACCGAACGCGUAAGCCCGUAUGCCGCUGGGCAUUCGAACUCCCUUCUGCCUUUGCCAGCGUUCUGUCACAUCCAUUCACUCUUCAGCAUUGUUGUCGCAUUGUUGCAGCCUCGUGCUUCUUUUGGCCGGUGCGUUACAUUUGAAUCAAUCGCAUCCACAACCUGUACGCGACCGCUGACAAUAGUCCGUGUUUACAGAGAGGAUGCUGUGAGCUUUUUCAACCACUUCUCUAUCACCAACCAUGAAUGGCUUGUGUUAUUGAUUCUUUUUGAUAGGACAUAUAACGCUUGGCACCAUGUUUAUGCGGUAUCUUGGCAUCAUGUCUAUGCGGAGAUUUACUUACACCAGUCACGGUCCUGUUUUUCUUUAAAAAAACGCCAUCAACAAAAUUGCAGAUGAUUUGCAGGACAAAAGAGCAGGGAAAUCGUAUCUCAAAAUGAAGCAAAAAAUCAAAACACCCGUACAAACAUCCAUUGCGUAGGACCAAACAAUAGGCAAAAGCCAGCGUAAGCGCCAUCAGAGCGACGACCAUGAGAGCGUAAUGGGGCAACAGCAGGAAAAUCCCCAUUGCGGAAACUGUCGGCGGAAAUGGCGAAACGAAUCGGACAUCACGAUAAAACAAAGCCGAAAACCCCAUAACCCAAUUGUAAAGUUGAAUGAAAUAACUGCGCCAAGAAUCGCCAAUCGCAAUCAUAGGGACACAACAGUCAAACGGAAUCACACAGCCGAAAGGAAGACGGGGAUCAAAAUGGGAGUGGCAGAGACCUUUUCCUUGGACCCUGUUCUCGCUUCUUUCGUUCCGUUCCGACGCUGGUGAGAAAUAUUUGGGCAACGUUUUUUCCUUAUUCGCAAUCCGUCCUCAGCCAUGGACGUCCUCGGGCUCGGUCCAAGCAUGCAGGGCGUCAGUCCUUGGAGGCUUGUUAAAGUUUUUAAUAUAACUUUUGCAAAUUGUUUCCAUUUCCGUAUUCCACACCGGUCCGGACGAUGCGAAGAGUUUUGAGGGCUGAUGGGGUGUUCCUUUGCCAGCAGGAGUUCCCCGAGCGGGAAAUCGAUGGCCUCCUGGAUUUUUUUUGGAAUGUGUCUCAAACGAGUAUCGAUAAGGCGGCCGGUGGUCGUCACUCGGCAGGCACAGUGCAGUGCGUCAUUUACAAGGGUGCCGGAGCUCACCGAUGAUAUUGUCCCUCAAACUCUCGCCUUCUAGCUCUCCCUCUUCACUUCUUCUCUUCCCCCUUCUUCGCUCUUCUUGGUCGAGCGUAUCUGAAGACCCUUUUUGUUUCUGCCUAUUUCCAUGAGCUUGGAAGAGCAGAGAAAAAAAACCCGGCUCCAAUCGCAAAGCGUGGCAUGGGCGCAAGUGAAGUUGUUGGUAAAAUGGAUGAAUUUUUAAGCAUCUAUUUCCUGCUGGAAAAAGGCACGUGGAAGCUGUCCCAUUCGGUCCUGCAUAACUUUUUCAUCUAUCAUGGUGCCUGUUAUGAUGGGAUGGGGGCUAUGGAAGGGAACCAGAUAAGGGACCGCAAGGUAAAGGAUUUUUUGGGUUUGCUACGAAGAUUUUCUUCCUGUUCCGGGUCAUGGAUGUGCUCGGUCGACAUUGGGCAGUACGCUUCGGCUAAGAUAAAUUUAGAACAAAAAUUCGUUGCUACUAAAAUGAUGGAAAUGAUUGCGAUGGGUUGUUCUUGUUUUGUAUUGUUGAGUAGUGUUUCAAACAUAAACAUAAGUUAAUGUAUCCACAAACGAGUUUGAAAAUAUUUUUGAAUUUAACGUCUACUUACAAGGCUUCAAGGAAGAUCAUUUAGAUUGCUAUUAAGACUUCUAAAACAAGCAACAAUUCUUGAAAUUUUUGGAGCUCGGAACUCUUAUUUUCUUCUGUUAUGCAGUGAAAACAGCUGUCCACAAAAACAUAAAAAGAUAAGUAAAGUAUUGUUCAACGCACACAAAGUUUAGCUACAGUAGAGCAUCAUAUCAUCCAUCCUGACACACCACCACCUGAUCUACUCUGAAGUAUUCGUGAGUGAGCUGGUAAACGAUUGUCUAAUGAGUGGCGCCAAAGUCACUACUGAGUUAGCUUCUCAUAUGUAACACCUUAUUACUUAGCAACUUGGUAGAAUGUGCUUAUGUUCGCACGUAUGGAAACGAAAAUGGCAAUUCAAUUCAUUAAAUCACCCCCCAAAUGUUGGCGCUUGUUCGGAAUGAUAAGUUGUCGCAAAAACUGCAUUGAUGUAGCGCUUUUGAUGGACCUUAACCCCUACGGUUAGAUAGCAAAAAAAAAAAUGCAAUUUCAACUCAAGCUUACGAAUCUCACGAGGCAUAAAACCCGAUAAGUUCGUCUCCUUUAAUCGUGCAGUUCAUUCGGCGAAACUGCAUGCAAAAAAAAACACAAAAAACGGUGUCAAACUGUACAUGCAAAUAAUGACCAAUAAAUCAAAAUGAACAAAACUCGUUGAAAGUGAUAUAAGCUUUAAGAGAAAAAACAAAAACAAACAGACGAAAGAGUGACAGAAGCAAUGGAAAUAAAACAAAAGCUUAGAUAAUGCAAUCAUUGGUCCACCGUGUGAGUCAACCGAAGAGGAAUGAUGCAUCCAACAAAGCGAAAAUAAAGCGAAAACCAGCAAAAUAAGCAAAACGACAAAGGAAAACAAAACACAAACGAAAAAAGAAAAGAAACAUAAGACAGGAGUAUGUAGAGAAAUUAAAUAGUAACAUCGGUUGAACUAGUUUCCGUUUCACACACGAGCACAAAACAAAAACCACGAUACAAUGAGUGCACAUCAUCAAACUUGUUUUUCUUUCUAUAACAUUACAACACUGAAAACGCAAUCGUGUGAACCAUGGAAGAAAAAUCACCCCCCCUCCCCUUUUUUGUUUGCAUGUGUGUGUUACAACCAAAACCAAGGGCAACCGGACGAACAGAACAAACUGUCUCUUUUUACUUAUCAGUGUUGUCAUGUAUGUUGCCGUAUUAAACGAACCAAAGACAAAUGCUCUAUUUGACAAGCUAAGAAGUUUAAUCAAGUGAAAGGGGAGAGUACCUCUUUAAAAAUGAUAGUAUAACGAGCCACUUUACCACGUUAGUUAUUUGAUUAUAUUAAUGUUAACAAGUGCCCCACCAGGUGCACACACUUACACAAAAGGAAGCAACAGGAGAACAAAAUACAAAACAGCUCAACACAGACAACAACAGAUGCAAAAUAGAGGAAGAACAAAAAAAAAA